ACAGGGUUACCAGUAGCCACUAAGCAAGCAACAUGUACAAACAGCUGAUCGUCGUCCUGGCCGUGGUGGCAGCCUGCCUGGCCGCCCCCGGCCCCAAGCCGGCCCCCGGCCUGCUGGCCAGCUACGUGGCCGCCGCCCCCGUCGCCUACACCGCUCCUGCAGUCGCCGCCCCCGUCGCCUACACCGCUGCCGCAGCUCCAGUUGCCUACGCCGCCCCCUAUUCUGCUGCCUACGUCGCCCCGUAUCACGCUGCCUACAGGGCGGCCAUCUUGGGAUGAAUUGCGUAGCCAAUGAAAGACAGCAGCAUUAACUGUGUUUACUGUGACAAUCUAUGGAAAUAAAGCAGCUAUGAUGUU